AUGCUCCGUUUAAUCGACAAUUCUGGACCGGCGGGCAUCCCUCUGACGCUCGUCACCAUUCGCGAUCACAUGGCCGGUGUGGCUCGCGAGAUGGGGAAGCCCACAUCAUUUUGCUUUUUUACGAACUUCAUUGAGCAGUUUAAUGCUGCCGUGUUUUUGGAGGGGCGGCACGUUGUCUUGCUGCUGGACAACGCCCGCAACCAUCGCACGAACUGUCUCCCAUCAACGUGGGAGACGCAGCUCGUGCACGUGCAAGACUUGUAUGGACUCGUGGACGACCCCGAGUUUGAGUUGCAGGGCGACAUCUACGACGUCGGCCUGCUCAUCUUGCGGCUGAAUUUUGUUAUGGGCGCGAUGCCGGCUGCAGAGUUUGUCUCCGUAGACGAUGCGCAGCCAACGUGCGCAGACCCCGGCGAGGAUCCCCUUGCGCUUGAACCGCCCACCGCCGACCCGGUUAGCGCCUGGGACAAACCUAUCCCCGCGUACGUGUGGAGCGAUCUGGACCCGAUGUCGCGGGAGGAGCAGCGUCUCGCUCGGGCAGCAUGCGAGAUGAUCGGGUCUGCGCGGGCGACGAACAUCACGCCUCACGAUUUGCUAGCGGAACAAGCCCGCCUCACCGCGGGCGUGUCAUCCCGUGAUCCGUUAUGGGCAGCGUGA